UUUAUUUUCACUACAGAUAUUACAUCUCUUUAUACUGUCAUUCCUAAUGACGAAGGUCUCCGGGCCCUCAAACAUUUUUUCGAUCAACACACGGUUAGGGAACCUAGCUCUGAAACGCUACUUCGUCUAACCGAACUAGUACUUACACUCAAUUGCUUUUCAUUUGGGGGACACUACUACAAACAAACUAGUGGCGUAGCCAUGGGUACUAAAAUGGGACCCAGCUACGCCAAUCUUUUGGUAGGUUUUAUCGAACAUCAGUCUUUUAGUCAAUGCCACGAUCCCAAACCUGAACUCUACGGCCGUUACAUUGACGACUGCAUUGGCGCAACCUCCUCUACCAGAGAGGAGCUCACUCAAUUUAUAACAGUCGUCAAUUCCUUUCACCCGGCACUUAAAUAUACCUGGGAAAUUUCUGACACUUCUUUGGCUUUUUUAGACAUCAAAAUUUCAAUUGAA